UAAGACUAUGUCCUUUCAGCCUGUUGCUAGUUGUCUGGAAGAAGAGACCGACCCCCGUCUGGCUACAGCCUCAUUUGAGGAAGCCGUUGAGGGCUAUAAUGUCACCCCUGAGCCUCCUUCUCUCCCAAGGGGCUAAACACCCCCAGCUCCUCCUAAGAUUUGUGCUCCAGACUCUUGAGCCACUCCAUUGCCCUUCUGCGGACUUGCUCCAGUUUUCCAAUACCCUUCCUGAAUUGAGGGGCCCAAAACUGGACACAGUACCUGAGGUACAACGCUGCUUGGUUGAGACCCAAGGGUUCUUGGAGUCCCUGGGCCAGAAAGGUGGACUAAGCCUCCCUUUGUCUCUCUGGAACUGCUUUUUUUUCCCCCAUCCUUUCAUCUCUUUUAUUUCUCCAUCAUAAAAAAAUCCUAAAUAUAGCAUGACAGAGCUGUAAUCCCGCCUUGUCUCAUGGAUAGCCAAAAGAACAUAUGGACACAUGAGGAGGACACUGGAUCAGCUUCCGUGUCUUAAGAGCUUUUUUCAGCUGUUUUUCCCCUUUUUUAAAAAAUUAAAAUCUCACAAGCAUUCUCAGGUGCUGUCUAGCAAGGAAGAAGCAUUACUGAUGGCCGAAUUUAUCACAAAGAACAGCACUUGUGAAACUGGAGAGAUGGAAGAUCACAAAAUCAGAGUUAGUUUAGUUUCCUGGUUACAGUAAAAGGAAGAUGAAAUCACACAGGUACUCCAGCAAGACAUUCUGCAGGAUUAAUUGCACGGCACAGAGUGCCUCUCUGGGGCACACCCAGCUAACACUAGCAGAACUGAACAGUCUGAACAGAAGAGGAUGCUUUUCCCAUGUCCUCUGUACAAAAUGGAAAAUAAGGAUCCUCAAAGGCAUGAUGUGCUUGUAUUUUGAAAACAUCCUGAGAACAGAGGAAAUAUUUAUUUGUACAGCUCAUUGGUGGAACUGCUCUUCUAUCAAACCCUAUAGCAGUUGAAGGAAAAGGAAAAUCUGCUAUUGCCUGGCACCAGCAAAGGAGACUGUGAUGUGAACCAACAGUAGCAGCAUAUACUGACUGUUACCAAGUAAUACAUAAUAUGGAUCCUGUUCUGCUUGGAUUUGACAUGCAUUCUGCAGAAACCCUUCUAUGGCAUAGAUUACAUUCACACCCUAUCUUCCUGAGAGAUAACCAAUUGGAUACUGGACAACAAAAGAUGUAAUCAGACUCCACUGACCUGUUUAACCCUGAUUGUGAAGGAUGAAAAGCAGCAGCUGCUUUCUGUGGAGCAGCACUUCUGGUGGCACUUGCUUCUUUCCUUUGGGAUGAUAUUGGCGUAAAGACAUCAAGCUUUGGUAAUGCACUGCUAUCAUGGCUGAACAAAGGCAACGUGCUUUGUCAACAUCAGGUGAAGCGUUAUAUGAAAUCCUGGCACUAGAGAAGGGAGCAACACAUGAUGAGAUUAAGAAGUCCUACAGAAAACUGGCUCUGAAAUAUCAUCCUGACAAGAAUCCAGACAAUCCAGAGGCCGCAGAAAAAUUUAAAGAGAUCAACAAUGCUCAUGCAACCCUGACUGAUCUGUCCAAGCGAAACAUAUAUGACAAGUAUGGAUCAUUAGGGCUCUAUGUGGCGGAACAGUUUGGUGAGGAAAAUGUUAAUACCUACUUCAUGCUCUCAAGCUGGUGGGCAAAGGGCCUGUUUGCAGUCUGUGGUUUGCUGACUGGCUGCUACCUCUGUUGCUGCCUCUGCUGCUGCUUCAACUGCUGCUGUGGAAAGUGUAAACCGAAGGCACCCGAGGGGGAACAGCAGGAGUUUUGUGUGUCUCCAGAAGAUUUGGAAGAGCAAAUUAAGAACGACAUGGAAAGAGAUGGAGAAACUCCUAUUACGCUUCAGCCGACUAACGCCACUGAGAAGACACAACUGAUUGGGGACAGCCAUCGGAGCUAUCGCACAGAGUCCUAGGGCAGGCGAGGGACCUGCUGGGCCUUCUCACUGAGUCUCACAGUGAGAAAAACAUGUGAUAAGUUCUGCAGCCUGUGUUCAUACUUGUCUUUAAGCUAAUCAAGAGUAACCUGAGAGUAAUUUCCUACCAAGGCAGAAUCUCACUCUAUGCUACUUCCAAUAGUUUGAUACCUGCACUGUGUAUGGAGAUACCUAUGGCCUGUACAGAGCGUGCUGGUCUCUCACAGCUUCAAAUUGUCUUUCCCUCUAAUAAUGUUCCCUUUGGGAUAGCUCCCUGCCCACAUCUGUAGUUUCACCUCCCAGACACAGUCUUGAGUCCCUUUAUGGACACACUGGCUGUCUCUCCCUGCCCCAGGAACUUUCCCUGCCUGCAACAGUUUUGCUGGAUGUGAAAGAUUCCUGUGAGGGAGCCCCAGAAGUGCUCUUUAGCAGGUCUCAGGGAGAAAGUUGUUAGCAAGACAGAUGGGGCUCUCCUUCCCAAAGAAGAAGUGCUCUUUGGAGGGCAGCUAGUGGCCUGCUGGGACUCAGCUCUGGCAAUUAUAAAUCCUGAGCCAAGACAAAGAGAUUUUUCUGUUGGUUGUUACAGUGCAGGUCACUCCAAAUCCAGGAGCCUUGUGCAGAAGCACAUGUAGGCUCUCUGUCUUCCCCAGCAAAAGCUGCAAACCCAUGACACAAACCCUGGCCUGUCCCAGAGACUCUCUCUUCCUCCCACAGGCCUGUGGCAAAGCUCCUCCUUUUGGUUCCCAGCCAACAGCUUUCUGCCAGCUGGCUUAUCCCACCGUGCCCUUGGCUUGUGGCCCUGCUGCCCUGCUGGCACUGGGCUGGGAGCCAUCUCACCAACACAGGCACUGGGGCUGUGGGAGCAGCAAGGACUUGGCAGGGAAAGCAAGCAGCAAAGGAGUGACCGUCCUCCUCACCUGCUCUUUGGGGUAAGACUGAAACCUCCCUUCUGUGCCAGGCACGGGAGCUUUAAGAGCACAUGGCAUGAUUUUAAAUAAAGAGGCAGGAAUGAGGUGUAUGUUCAGGUGCACCACUGCACAAAUCAGUGGAGAUACACGUGGGUAUGGCUAAAGGAAGCAUGAAGAACUUAGGCCACUAAUUUGUAAGCACUAAAGGAAUACCUCUUAAAUCUUAAGCUUAGCACCUCACUGAUUUGACACAGUAGUUUAAGCCUGAGGCAGCUGAAUUUCUCCUUAUUGAUCAUUUUACAUCAAUCAUUGUCAGUUCUGUGUAUUUGCUAUUUUUGCAUGCUGUGAUCUAAAGGGGGUCACAAUGUUCCACUAAAUUAUACAGAGUUGUGAAUAUAUAACUAGCUGAAAGUGUUGUUCCCUUGCUUAAAAUUGGAUCCCACAGUUGUAAAACAUUGUUAUCUUCCUUCUAUUCUCACCUUUGACAUCAAAUGUCAUUCAGCUAAAUAUAUUGGGAAAAGAAUGGGUUUUAUAGAACCAGCUGUAACGCCAAAGUCAAGACAUUCUACUUUCAAUGUUUCUUUAAAAGUCUCAUAACACAAGGAUAUUUUCAAGACCAUUACUUCCUGUUCAAGUUAUAUAUCUGUUCUCUGGAUGCAGGCACUGGGGACAGCCAUCACAUUGCCCUCAGAAAUAGCCCUGGUUUUCUGCUUCAGAAAAGAGGGAAGAUGCUGGCAUGGCUGGAGUUGUGCACAGGCACUUAUUUCCCUCCUACCCAGAGGCUCCUCUUUGUCCUCGGUUGCAAUGAAUUUGGAAACCACGCAUAUGUACAUAAUUCCAGACUGGCAUCCUACCUGCCACUGAGGAUGUGCCCAUCCAACCCAGUGGUGCCAGAAGAGGGGACUGGUGCCACCAUCCUGCCACUGAGCAGACAUGACCCCAGAGGCAUGUCUUUCCAGUGGAAGCCGAGUGCUGCACAUCUUCCCAUCAGGGGGAUGGAUCAGACAGCACUGGGGUGCUGUCAGAUGGGCAGAGCCCAGAGACUGGGUAUGUGCUGUGGACACCAGCACACACACUCCUCUUUUGGCUUUCUUUUGGCUUUCUUCACUAUUCCCCUUUUCAGGGUGUUUGUUCUGGUGUAGGAUGUUGUCCCCAGCGAAAGAGUAGGGAGAGCACAUAGUACAUAACAAAUCUGCAGGUGAAGUAAUUUCCUAAGUUUCACUGUCUGGUAGAGAAAUUUAGUGUGAAAAUGUCUAAAUGUUACUAAAUGACUAUUUCCAGCAGAGAGCUGAAAGAGGCACUGGGAGAAAAGUCUGGUGUAAAGCUAUGUUUUGUACAUGGAAUCCUUUCCCAUGUGAAAUCCAUCCUCCUUUUCUUUUUUCCCAAGAAUUGCAUCCUUGAUUUCAACAACAGCUACAGAGCAGGCCUAAAGCCAGGGAGGAAGAAGUAAAUCGCAUAAUAGCAAAAGCAAUUGGGGAAUUCUUUCACAUGCAACACCUCUGAUGGGUCUAGAGGGCCAGAGCUGAAGUUCACCAAAAUCAAGGAAAUUUUCUCCAUGGGCUUGAGAUGUACUGCAAGUCGUGUAGUUCUUAUUUACACUUUCUAAAUGAGAGCUUUUUCAUGGCAAAGAUUUAUGACUUGAUCUCACAGUGUGAAGCAAAGAUGGACAAGCUGCUGCAUGUUUUACAGACACAGGGUUCUGUACAGAAGAGCCCCAACGCAUUAGUUAGCAUGUCAGUUAGCAAAAAAUCUCAGAACAAACCAGUGACCAAGCCUCUAGGGGGUUGUCCAGGACUUAAAGAUCUGAGUGUCUGAACUCAUGUUUUAAUUUCAAAUGGAUAACUUAGUUUUUAAAGUACCAGAGCAUUUGUAUCUCUCACUGAUGUGAAGAUCAGCUAUUCUGAGGACUUAUGGAGAUAGAGUGACAAAAGGAUUUCAGGAUUUAGCUCUUCAAUGUGAUUUUACUCCUUUGUUUGCUUUUCAGAAAAGUUCCUAACGUGAACACAUGCUAACAUUAUCUGUUUUUGUGUACAGUUCAGUUGCACACCCAGAAAUCUUCUCAAAAUGUACAGAUUCUCAAUUUUUUUCUCUGUUUUGCUACAUUUAUUUAUAUGUAAACUUCCAUGUAUUCAAAUCUACCUUGGCUGUCAAUCACUCUGACUAAUAAAGGUUGUAUGUAUGAAUUGUA